AUGGCUGGGCUGGAUGACGAUGAAGGAGAAGAAGGUGGAGCCCCCCCGGCCGGAGGGCCAGCACCCCGCCUCGCCCGUGCUCUUCCUCGUCGCCUCGCACCAUCUCCGUCAGUCGUCUCGAGGUCCCACGCUGCCGGAUCCAGAGGACAAGCCGCCUAGCUACGAGCAGAUCCUGAAGCUGGACGGGCUUCCUCCGGACUAUUACUCAGUCCUUAGCGAAAAGCCGCCCAGAUACGAGGACCUUAGUCCAACCUUAGGCUGGGGAGCUUGCGCUCUGCCUGUGGAGUUUUACGCAGCAGAUCUUCCAUGUGUCCACUCGUCAGCUCACAAUUCAUCUCCAGAUUCUCCAGUUUCACUAGAAGUUCCUAUGCAUGCAGAAUCAACUUCUUCAUUUCUACAUGAGCUUCCUUCUUCUUGGUCAACUCAAUCAGUCCUUCCAUCCUCCUACAGUAGUAAUCAGGCUUUUGGCACAGAAAACCCUGCCUUCAGUAGCCAAAGCUUGAAUAAUGGCAUAUCAGAAAGUAUUAAUGGCAAGGCAGGUGUAGAAACUACCCCGGCUGAAGGGGAAAGAAGAGACACAGAGAAGGAAGAGGAAAACAAACUUAAUUCAGAUUUCAGUAACAUUUGAGCUACUGUAUAAUACUGUAGAAUAUUUGCCUACAUAAAAACUGUUGGCUAUGAGGCCGUCCUUCUAGUGAUAAAGUGUCCUACUUGCACUAGAUUCAUAUGGAAGUUAUCUUCAUGAUUAAUCCUAGAUAAGCCCAAAUGAAGUCAGAAAAUGGUGCUUCUUUAUGCUUACAAAGCUUGUCUUGUGAAUUGCUCAUAUGUAUAUUUUGGGAGGCAUUCAGGUAAGUCAAAGACCGAUGGUGGUGACUAUAAUGAGCUUCUGUAUUUAUUAUUGCAUUAGACACCUUAACAUUGUAUGGAGAUUUGUCAUGUAUGAUGAUAGGUUUUCAGAAAUAUUAAUUAUCUUAAUCAAUUGCACUGGAUAGCGAGAUAACGAUAGAGCUUCUAGAUUUAUGUAAGGAUUUGACCCUUAUGCAAUCAAGUUCCUAGAACCUUUGUUUACAGUUCAGGUUACCAGGAUAUUAUGGUGACAGCAAUAUAUCUUUUUUAUAGUGCCAUGACAUCAUACAUAGAUGCAUACGAGUCCAAUGCCAGAAAAUUAAUUAGGCUCAAGAAAACAUGGAUUACUACAAUCAAAACUAAAAUAAUUGAAUCAUGAACUUGUACAUAGCUUUCACGAAUGAAUUUACUGAUAUGAUAGAACAACUUGAUAAGUUGGGUUACAUUUUAAUAGUAAAGAGAGGUAUGUGAAAAUAAGUAUUGUCACACUAUCAUUGUCAGACAUUUUAAGCAUAAUAUUAACACCAUCGAAAAGAUAAAUACUAGUCAUAGGAAUUACUCCUUGUAAAUAUGACCACCCAGAAUCAGGCUUACAGGAGAAAACAAGUUUCACAAUCCAGGGAAAUGGUGGUUCCAAGAUCUGUAAUCAUCUCAUUAAAUUCACUAAAUAUUAUCGAAGGUAAUGUAUAGUAAGAUAAUUCGGGCAUUUCCUUCUAUGGGAAUCAGGCAAAGAUGUUUGCAUAGUUGGAAAAUUGUUUUAAUUUACUUCAGUGUAUGUAUUAUAUUUUCCUUACCUUUAUGCUUAGAGGAUAAACAAAUUAUUUACCUUAAUUUUUGCUCAUAGGGUUACCAUGCUACUGUGAUAACUUGAUUGUGGCAACCAUUGGGCACGUUAAUAGAGUUGUCACGGUGACUAUAUAUGCUAUCAGGACUGCUAUAGUAACCACAUAUGGUUAGUAUUCAGCCGAGUCAGCCAAGAGCGUUUAGAAAGCAAGCAUAAUGCAGCACCUCUCCAGAUACUCAUAUGAAGAAAGUGUAGUUUUACACCAUCGACUCUUGCAUUGUUAUUUAAUUCAAACCUUGAUAUUGUGAUCUGCAAUAAUGGUAAUCACAAUGGUUUAAGGUCAGUAUUGCAUACAAUAUGCCAUCUUUGGUAGCACCAAGUUGCUCACACUUCUUUUUAAUAUUUUUAUCUAGAAUCUAUCAUUAGCCUUCAAACCAAAGAUUCUUUAGUUUUUCUAUUAAAUCUGUUGUGAAAUCAGGAUGAUUAAGAAUGAGUAAAUUUCAAAUAUGAUAUUUUGUUGCUCAUUCUUAAUGUAUUGUAUUUGCUUUUAUAAUGAGUGUAAGUAUUCCUAUAAUUAAGCUUUUACUGUAAAAGUGCUUUUCGAUUAGAGACAGGUAGAAGGCAGAAAUACACUCACAUCAUCCUGUUCUCAUAGGGUUUUUAGAAGGAAUUAAUCCGUCAAUCCAUUUUGGAGCUGUUAUCUAUAUCAGGUAGAUCUAUGCCUGUACAGUACAGAUAACAUGAUACCCAUAGAACAAAAAGUUUCUCAGUUCUUAUGGGCUUGUGUGGUUCCUUCCCAGUUCUGUGUACUUACAUGUGAUAUUGCAUAUUUUUAUAGGUCCUUUAUACAUUAAAAAUAUAAAUAUUAGAAA